AUGCUUCAGAAGACGGUGCUGGUGCCCUAUAACAAGAGGCAACAGCUCCUCAUGGUGGAGAUCCACGAAGUGGAUCCCGAUGAUUCAGAGGUAGAGGACAGCUUGAUCGGCCGGCUGGGCACUUGGCUGGGCCACGCUUUGCCACGCUUGUCACUCCAACUGAUACAGUUUCUAUGCAUUUCAGGGCAACGCUCCCGCUGGCCGAUCGCAAGAUCGAGUCCUCUGCGAACUGGCCCCUGA